GAGUAGGAGAAGGGGGCCGGUCAAGGGAAGUGCGACGUGUCUGAGGAGCCUUUUUAGACCUCCUUCCCUGGAGCCCGGCAGCCACUGCCGCCAUCCACUUCUCUGCGCCCUGGACCCGGGCUCCGCCACGGCCGCACCAUGUCGGGGGUCAAGAAGCAGAAGACGGACCAGCAAAAAUCCACCAAUGUGGUCUACCAGGCCCAUCAUGUAAGCAGAAAUAAGAGAGGACAGGUGGUGGGAACCAGGGGAGGAUUCCGAGGAUGUACCGUGUGGCUAACAGGUCUCUCUGGCGCUGGAAAAACAACCAUAAGUUUUGCUUUGGAGGAGUACCUUGUAUCUCACGCCAUCCCUUGUUACUCCCUGGAUGGGGACAAUGUCCGUCAUGGCCUUAACAAGAACCUGGGAUUCUCUUCUGGGGACCGGGAAGAGAACAUCCGCCGGAUCGCUGAGGUGGCCAAGCUCUUUGCUGACGCUGGCCUGGUCUGCAUUACCAGCUUCAUUUCUCCAUUUGCAAAGGAUCGUGAAAAUGCCCGAAAAAUCCACGAGUUAGCAGGACUCCCGUUCUUUGAGAUCUUUGUGGAUGCACCUUUGAACAUCUGUGAAAGCCGAGAUGUAAAGGGGCUCUACAAGCGGGCACGAGCAGGAGAGAUUAAAGGGUUUACAGGCAUCGACUCUGAUUACGAGAAACCUGAAACUCCAGAGUGUGUGCUCAAGACCAACUUGUCCUCAGUAAGCGACUGUGUGCAACAGGUGGUGGAGCUUCUGCAAGAGCAGAACAUUGUACCCCACGCCACCAUCAAGGGCAUCCACGAACUCUUUGUGCCAGAAAACAAAAUUGAUCAAGUCCGAGCUGAGGCUGACACCCUCCCGUCACUACCAAUAACCAAGCUGGACCUGCAGUGGGUGCAGGUUCUGAGUGAAGGUUGGGCCACUCCCCUCAAAGGUUUCAUGCGGGAGAAGGAGUACUUGCAAACGCUACAUUUCGACACUCUGCUGGAUGGCAUGGCCCAUCGUGAUGGCGUCAUCAACAUGAGCAUUCCCAUCGUACUGCCCGUUUCUGCGGACGACAAAGCGCGGCUCGAAGGCUGCAUCAAGUUUGCCUUGAUGUAUGAAGGCCGGAGGGUGGCUGUCCUACAAGACCCUGAGUUCUACGAGCACAGGAAAGAGGAGCGUUGCUCUCGCGUGUGGGGGACAGCCACUGCAAAGCACCCCCACAUCAAAAUGGUGAUGGAAAGCGGGGAUUGGCUCGUUGGUGGAGACCUACAGGUGCUGGAGAGAAUAAGGUGGGAUGAUGGACUGGACCAAUACCGCCUGACGCCACUAGAGCUCAAACAGAAGUGUAAAGACAUGAAUGCUGAUGCUGUGUUUGCAUUCCAGUUGCGCAACCCUGUCCACAAUGGUCAUGCUCUGCUGAUGCAGGAUACCCGCCGCAGGCUCCUGGAGAGGGGCUACAAGCACCCAGUUCUCCUGCUACACCCUCUGGGGGGCUGGACCAAGGACGACGAUGUGCCUCUGGACUGGAGGAUGAAGCAGCAUGCAGCUGUCCUGGAGGAAGGGGUCCUGGAUCCCAAGUCAACUAUUGUUGCCAUCUUUCCGUCUCCUAUGUUAUAUGCUGGCCCCACAGAGGUCCAGUGGCACUGCAGGUGCCGGAUGAUUGCAGGGGCCAAUUUCUACAUUGUGGGCAGGGAUCCUGCUGGAAUGCCCCACCCUGAGACAAAGAAAGACCUGUAUGAACCUACCCAUGGGGGCAAGGUCUUGAGUAUGGCCCCUGGCCUCACCUCUGUGGAAAUCAUUCCAUUCCGAGUGGCUGCCUACAAUAAAACCAAAAAGGCCAUGGACUUUUAUGAUCCAGCAAGGCAUGCCGAGUUUGACUUCAUCUCAGGAACUCGUAUGAGGAAGCUUGCCCGGGAAGGAGAAGAUCCCCCAGAUGGCUUCAUGGCCCCCAAAGCAUGGAAGGUGUUGACAGAUUAUUACAGGUCUCUGGAGAAGAUGAACUAGGUGUCCCUGGUUCUGGCUUCUUUCUCAAGUGCUCUUUGACUGACGAUUUUUUUUUUCUAUCUUUGUGAUUAGAUGCUCUAUAUCCAAUUGCUCCUUGAUGACUUUUCGAAGUUAGUAUUUUACAACGAGGUAAAAAGUUGUGCCUAUAAUUUAAAGGCAACUUCGUUACAUUUAUUGAAGUCACACUGGAAACUAAGUCUUAGGCUUAUACUGUUAAACAUUCCAGAGUGAAAACACUUGUAUUUUACUUCAUCUCAGCAGAUGUCCAGACUUUUUAGAAAUGUGACUAUGCCUAAUUGACUUGCCCAACACAGAAUGAUACUAACCAGCUUCAUGUUGCCAACCUGGAAUCCCAGAAGCAAUACGCCCCGUGAACAGCUUACCUCACGACUACACACGGCCUCACUGUCCAGUGUGUGAACUGAAGAUGCAACUGGAAGAAACGUGUGUGAAGACGUGAAUGAAAUCUGAAAGAGCUAUGUAGUUCACUUCUGCAGUGAAAAUGACAUAGUCCAAUACAAAGAGACGUUCUAUGAAUAGUAACUCUUAGUUCAACAGCACUCUUCCAUAGUGUGCUUUAGUGAAGAAUUUUCCCUGAUGAUUUAGGAAUCGUCGGGGUGUACUGUAGAAGACUUCUUUCCCUACUCUGCUGUGGUUGUAGUUACCUUAAGGAGGCACCUAUUUGAUUGCUGUAACCAAAGCAAACCCACAUAUUAAAUUAGUGAGAAGCUAAAACUGUUGGUAUCUGAAGAUAAAAUGCAAACUUUAUCCUAGUGAACAGAUGAUAUGUACAUAAGCUUUGGGGGUGCUGAGCACUGUAACACACAAAAUUGGCAUUAGCCAAUACUGCUCACACCGAAAGACUGCCCAGGCCGCCACACUCCUAAGCGGGGUCCCUGUCUACCUUAGACAGCACAAGAGCAGGUUCUGAUUCCUUGAAGCUACUCAACAAAGCUCUCCUUGAGGAUGCUAAAAAGCAACCUUCUUGGAGACUGAGGGCUCAGGGUAUCCCAAACUCUCAAUGUUACAAGUUUCCAGACUGUGCCUGUCGAGAGACAUCCUUUGAUGGUUUUAUUGCCAAGGAAUACAUAAAUAAAAAGCAUCAUUUACAUACAGGUUUCCCUGGAAGAGACCCCAGACUGAAAAGAGAAAUUCACUUUUUUCAUACUGCUACUUUUUAAAGUUAAUAAAAGCUCUUCUGAGAAUAAGUUAUGUACCAUGACCACAGCAAAGUGAGUCUUCAACUGUGUUGUGCCUGUGCUCCCUUCUGUCAGAGCCACUCACUGCUGCCUCUAAGACGACACAGUCACUGACACGACAGAACUGUAGUGCCUUAACAAGCGAAUUGUGACUUUGAAGACAGUAAGCUGCCUUUCUGCUGCAGUGCUACAGUUAGUGUAACUGUUCUGCUGUCCAACUGGUAUCUGCUCUUCAAUAAACCUCUGGAAGACCAA